AGUGCAACUGUGGUGAAAAUAGCAAAGAUUGUUGGUUCAGUAAUGGAAUACAGAAAUGUAUCUGUAAGGAAGGAUAUGCCCAACUGGAUUCGAUUUGUGUAGUUUGCGACUGUGGAGAGAAUUCUGUAGGAUGUGAUUUCAAAGAGGAAGAAAAACUAUGCACUUGCAAAGAUCAGUACAUGGAGAGAUAUGGAAAAGUGUGAAAAGAAAGAUCCUUGCGAUCCAAAUCCAUGUGUUCAUGGGGAAUGCGAAGUCACAAAUCACGGUUUCUUUUGUCACUGUGAUGAUCCAUAUACUGGCAGACAUUGCGAAAUAAAUUCUUGUAUUGAAACUGAAUGCUGGGGAGGAAAAUGCAGAGUUUAUGAUGGCAGGGAAUAUUGUAUCUGUCCUGCCGGAUACUCUCUGGAAAACGGAACAUGUACGAAAAGAUACUGUGUUGAUAAAGCUUGCUACGGCGGAAUUUGCAAAGUGGUUGAAGAUGAGGAAAUAUGCACUUGUCCGGAAGGCUUUACACUUAUUGGGGAAUUUUGCAAAAGAGAUGGAUGCACUAAGAGUAGCUGCAAGGGUGGAACUUGCAGAGAAACGUCAGACAAUACUUUGGAAUGCUUCUGUCCUCCGGGAUUUGUUCUUGAUGGUGAUACUUGCAAGCAGGGUGAGUGUGGACUUCGAACUUGCUACGGAGGCAAAUGUGAACUAAAAGAUGGAGUUAAAGUUUGUGUAUGUCCGGAGGGCUUUCACUUGGAAGGUGUUGGAUGCCAAGAAACCAUCUGCGAAAUCAACAAAUGCUUUGGUGGUCAUUGCCGUGUAAUUGAUGGCGAAGAGAUUUGCACCUGUCUGGAGGGAUAUGUUCUACAAGGAAACACUUGUAAAAAAGUUCGGUGUACGGAGAAACAUUGCUUUGGAGGGACAUGUGAAUUGGUUGACGGACAAGAAGUUUGCAAAUGUCCUGAAGGAUUUGCUCCUAAAGGAGACGCUUGCAGAGGAACACCUUUUUAUCCCUGAAUGAAAUCAUUUCAAAGCAUGUCAUAACGACGGGAAUCAGACUGAUUACAACUUGGAUACUUAAAAUGAAGGAAUAUUCUAGUACAUGCUCUUGGAUGCCUGAUUGUUUGAAACAACAGUUCUAUAAAUGCCGCAUGUAAAAUGUAACGACAAAAAGGAAUAUUAUUUGUUAAUUUAAAAUUCUAUCAAUGUAACUGUUCAAUAAAAUUAAAAUAAAUAUUUUUAACCCUGU